ACACCCCAGCUCAAUGGCCACUCCAUCCAUGUCUGCCCCAAUUUCCAUCUUUAUACUAGUCCUAUUCUUAGCCGCCUCGGCUUCUUCUCCCAGUCCGACCAACGGCAAUGGUAAUGGCACUGAUCUGGCCGCGCUGCUAGCUUUCAAAGCCCAGCUCACCGACCCUUUCCGCAUCCUUGCCAGCAACUGGACCACUGGUACGUCUUUCUGCCACUGGGUUGGCGUCUCAUGCAGCAAGCGCAGGCAACGCGUCACCGCUCUAUCAUUGCCGGACAUGCCUCUCGUUGGAUCCAUGGCACCUCACAUUGCUAACCUGUCUUUCCUCUCUGUCCUCAACCUCACCUGCACCAAUCUCACAGGUUCCAUUCCGGCGGAACUUGGUAGGCUACGUCGUCUUAGGUCUCUCAGCCUUAGAGGAAAUAGCCUAUCAAAUGCCAUACCUAAUACCCUAGGAAACCUCACGAAGCUCGAGAUCCUUAGACUAUCUUACAACAAACUCUCCGGCCAAAUCCCUUUUGAGUUGCUGCUGCGUACACACAACCUUAGAAAAUUUAGUCUGGCUGUAAAUGACUUGAGUGGCCAGCUACCUCCGUCUUUUUUCAACAACACCCCUUACUUGAUGUUGGCCGUUUUCGCAGAGAAUAGCCUGUCAGGUCCAGUACCACACACCCUUGCAUCCCUAUCCAUGCUUGAGGUAUUGGAUCUAGCAUUUAAUCAACUGUCAGGCCUAGUGCCACAAGCCAUGUACAACAUGUCCAACCUACAAGUCAUGUCACUCCUAGGUAACGGCAACCUACAUGGAAUGAUUCCCAAUAAUGGAAGUUUCAGCCUCCCAGUGUUACAAAUAUUUAUGCUAGAUGGUAACAAAUUUGCCGGACGGUUACCUACAGGGCUUGCAUCAUGCCAAUACCUACAAGUACUUGGUUUGAGUGAUAACUCUUUUGCGGAUAUUGUGCCAACUUGGUUAGCCAAAUUAUCACACCUACAAAAGCUUUCACUGGGUUUUAACAACCUUACUGGUUCAAUCCCAGCCACUCUUAGUAAUCUCACAAGUCUUACUAAUCUAUAUCUUGGCUUCGGAAACCUCAAGGGGGAGAUUCCACGAGAAUUGGGUUCUAUGCAGGAACUCUUGAGUCUAGAUCUUGAAGUCAAUCAGUUGACAGGUAAAAUUCCAGCUUCCCUAGGCAACUUAUCCAAAUUGUCUUCCCUAUGUAUGGGAAAUAAUCAAUUGUCAGGCCAAGUACCAACAACACUUGGGAAAAACAUAGCUUUAAACAAGCUUUUGUUGUCACAAAAUAAUUUAGAGGGAAAUCUAGACUUCUUUUCGGCUCUUUCCGAGUGCAGGCAACUUCGAGUCCUUCUAAUAGACCAUAACCAUUUCACAGGCAUCCUCUCUGGCCAUGUUGGAAACCUCACUUCAAGAUUAACCACUUUAAUUGCAGGUAACAAUAAGUUAACAGGUAAACUUCCUCUAGAAAUUUCAAACAUAAGCAGCCUUGAAAGGAUAGAUCUUUCUAACAACCUGUUCACCGAGUCACUCCCAGAAUCCAUCACUCUGUUGAAAAACCUUGCAUUCCUUGAUCUCUCCCGCAAUGACAUGUUAGGCCCUAUCCCAACACAAAUAGGUAUGCUCAGGAGUUUAGAACGGUUGUUUCUGCAAGAAAACAAAUUCUCAGGCUCAAUGCCAAGAAGCUUUGGAAAUCUUAGUUUGUUAGAAUACAUUGACUUGUCUAAUAACCAGUUAAAUUCAAUGAUACCCAUAAGCUUUUUCUACCUUGAUAAACUUAUCGUACUAGAUAUUUCACAUAAUUCCUUCGUCGGAGAACUACCCACCAAUGUUCUUGGUCUAAGACAAACAUAUGCAAUGGAUUUUUCUUCCAAUUGUUUCAUAGGAAGCAUUCCAGAAUCACUCGGAAAACUUAACAUGCUAGCCUACCUAAAUCUAUCAUGUAACUCCUUCAGAGGCUCUAUUCUACGCCCAUUAGAAAAACUAAAAAGCUUGGCAUCAUUAGACCUCUCAUUUAACAAUUUCUCUGGUACCAUUCCCAUGUUCCUUGCCAACUUUACCUAUUUGACUAGCCUGAACCUCUCUUUUAAUAGAUUAGAAGGCCAAAUACCAGAGGGGGGUGUUUUCUCAAACCUCACGUUGCAAUCUUUGAUUGGAAAUGAUGGACUAUGUGGUGCUCCGCGGCUACAUUUUUUGCCAUGCCGCGACAUGCCUCGCUCAAGUAAUAGACACUCACUACGACUUCUACUCACAACACUCAUAUUAGCACUUGCAACCAUUGCCAUUUGCAUAUACAUAUGGUUUCAAAAGGAACUUAAGAAGGGAGAGGGCAAACCUUCUAUUGAUCCAACAGAUGGCAUAGGCCAUCAAAUAGUCUCCUAUGAUGAGCUCAUUCGUUCCACGAAUAGUUUCAGUGAAGAUAACAUCUUGGGAUCUGGAAGCUUUGGAAAAGUCUUCAAGGGCCAACUGAGUAGUGGUUUGGUGGUCGCGGUAAAAGUUCUUGACAUACAACUAGAGCAUGCCAUUCGAAGUUUUGAUGUUGAGUGUCAAGUGCUUCGCAAUGUGCGACACCGCAACCUGAUAAAGAUACUCAACACUUGUCACAAUGUUGACUUCAGAGCACUGGUGCUUCAAUACAUGCCAAAUGGAAACUUAGAUAUGAUCCUACACCAAUGUCAGAGUUCAUGGCACCUAGGGUUCCUUGAGAGACUAGGCAUCAUGCUCGAUGUGUCGAUGGCAAUGGAGUAUCUACACCAUGAGCACCACGAGUUGAUCUUGCACUGUGACUUGAAGCCUAGCAACGUGUUGUUUGAUGACGAGAUGAUGGCACAUGUGGCGGACUUUGGCAUUGCAAGGUUGAUUCUAGAUGAUAGUUCCAUGAUCUGUGCCAGCAUGCCUGGAACAGUUGGGUACAUGGCACCAGAGUACGGGUAUCUUGGAAAAGCAUCGCAGAAGAGUGACGUGUUUAGUUAUGGAAUCAUGCUCCUUGAAGUCUUCACCGGAAAGAGACCCACCGAUCCUAUGUUUGGUGCGCAACUAACCCUUAGACAAUGGGUUCAUCAGGCAUUUCCUACAGAGGUUUUCCAAGUCGUUGAUGGCAAGCUUCUGCAAGGCUUCUCUCUUUCUAGCUAUAGCUUGUACGAUGGCUUUCUAGCAUCAAUGUUCAAGGUGGGUUUGCAUUGUUCUAGAGACUCGCCUGACCAGAGGAUGACGAUGCGUGAUGUAGUGGUGAUGCUGAAGAAGGUCAAAACCGAGUACACCAAACUGAUAGAAACUAUGUCCAAUAGUGCAACACAGUGAUCAAUCUUGUGUAGCUGGUGUGCUACUAUAUCUAAGACCGGUGAGGCGGUGACCUAGCUUGUUCGCAUGAGAUCUAGGAGCUGAUACAACUUUCGACUCCGAUAGUCGCGUAGGUUAGGUCAUUGCUGAAGAUCGUGAUUAUAUUCCAGACAUUUUUA